AUGCCCUUCAACGAUGCAACAGUGCAGGGACCGGGCUCUGUUGCUGUUUUGCACGAUCGAAUGGAUGAUGCGUUUUUCCUGAACGGUUCAAGCAAGUUUUCGCUCAAGGCGCCGAAGUGUUCGGGUCCUCUCGGUCAGGGCAAUAUAUUCAUGUCCUUCGAAAAAUCUCACAAUUCCGAUCAAGGAAUAACUUGGAAGGGCAUCAUACCAAAGCAUCCAGAUCAACCACAUCAAAUUGUGCACCUCUUUCCUCCCCUUUCCCGUUGGUGGGAGACGUUGCUCUGUGCCUGGCCACUGGUUCCCACCAACACAACAACGAAGCAGUCCAAACAGCCAGUCUCGCAUCCUCCUGAGCUUGGUUGA